AUGAUUCAUAGUUUAACUCUGAGAUUGAUAGGCCGUAAUUGUCAAAGAUCCUCCCGGGAGCUGAGGUGGAGUUUCCAAAAGUACCCUCGGGAUCUAAUCAUGCUGAAGACAGGAAUUCCUAAAGCCAAGACAACCGCUCUCCCUCGGAACCAAGUCAACAUCAGCGACAUCACCUUCGUAUGGAAUUACUUGGGAAAUAGGGGCCUGGGUCGAGUAACUCAUCUCCUCCANGUCUCAGGAAUUCCUAAAGCCAAGACAACCGCUCUCCCUCGGAACCAAGUCAACAUCAGCGACAUCACCUUCGUGUGGAAUUACUUGGGAAAUAGGGGCCUGGCUAAUGGUGCUAAAAAUGCCCAAGUGCCAAACUCGGCACAAAUUACUAGUGUUGUGCCCCUGGUGCCAAUUGACACUAUUCUUCCCCUAGCACCUCCUACUUUGGCUCCAACUUCUGUCCCUGUGCCUAUUUUUGCCCUAGCACCCCAGAUGGAUGUCCUUGCUAUCGACACCCUUUCUACUAGUAUAGACGAACUUUUUGGAGACAUUGGAGGUAGCAUCGGCGAAGAUGGGACUGGGUCUCCAGCGCAGUAG